AUGGGGACCCUUGGCUGCAACCCUGUUCCACGGCUGACCACAGUGCCUCUGGGCCGGCGAUUGGCAGAGGGCCAGAUUCCGGAGACCGGCUUGAGGAAGUCCUGUAGGACAGCUACACUGGAGAAUGGCUCCGGGCCGGGCUUGUACAUCCUGCCGUCCACUGUGGGUUAUGUCAACCACGACUGCACCAGGGUGGCCAGUCCUGCCUACUCGCUUGUUCGGAGGCCCAGUGAGGCCCCUCCGCAGGAUGACAGCCCGGGGCCGGUCUACUUCCUGGACCCGAAGGUUACCCGCUUUGGCCGCAGCUGUACCCCUGCCUACUCCAUUCAGGGCCGGGGCAAGUGUCGGGAUCUGGAGGUGACACCAGGCCCUGGGGCCUACAGCCCAGAGAAGGUGCCCCCUGUGCAUCAUCGGACUGCCCCAGCUUUCACUCUGGGCUCCCGCCUCCGCCCGAAGCCCCUGGACACCUCGGUCCCUGCCCCCAAUGCCUACACCAUGCCCCCUCUCUGGGGCUCUCAGAUCUUCACUAAGCCCAGCAGCCCCAGCUACACAGUGGUGGGCCGCACACCCCCUGCCCGUCCCCCACAGGAUCCUGCCAAGAUACCUGGCCCAGGCCAGUACAACAGCCCAGACCCCGACACCUACCGUCAGCGCCAGCCUGCCUUCACCAUGCUGGGGCGGCCGCGUGCCCCACGGCCCCUGCAGGAGACACCUGGCCCUGGCACCCAUAGCCCUGAGCAGGUCACAGUGAAUAAAGCCAGGGCGCCAGCCUACACCAUGGGCAUCCGCCACUGGAAACGGGCCUCCACCAUGUGUGCUGCCACCACACCCUGA